AUGUCGCACCCGCUCUUCACACAUCGAGUUCCAGGUCCCUGUAAUACCUGCUGGGAAGAGGUACAGUAUCGGCUUGCAAACUUGGAAGACUUAGCAGUAGUUGAAACACACCGGAACUUCAUCACCAAGUCGAAGAAAGAGAAGGUCAUCUUCGAGGGCAGGAAGCCGAGACAACUUCGACUUGUGGCUAUGAGGGAUGCUGAGAGGGCGGCCGAGGCCGAGGUUCAGGCUGACGCCGAAGCUGGUGAAGCAAGAGACUUACCUAACCCGCAAGGGACUCCGGGCAAGGAAAAUGUGACGACAAUGGAAUAUGUUCGUGGCCUGUGGGUCCAGUCGAAGGCGAUGGCUGUUGGCAUGAGAAGUCCAGACAGUCUCAGGGGGAAGGAAUUCGCUGAGAUGGAUGCUACUGUGAAAGUCCUGCGGCUGUCAAUGGACAGAGAGGACUUUGCGGCUGUGGCUCGAGAGAUGGACGCAGGUUGA